UUUCACAUUCCUUAUAUUGCUGUAUACAAUCUGCAUUUUUUUAUGUAUUCUCUAGGAUAAUUCACCGCAAGGUCAAUGGAAGAGUCAACUAAGAGAAGAGAAAGUCUAAAAGCUAUGCAAAUGGAAGCUUCACAGGAGGAUGCAACUUAUAAUAAUGACCAUUCAGCUGUUAGUCUCUCAAACCCGUUACUUGAAUCCACAACAAACUCUGAAACUCAGGCGCAGACAACUUCUCAAAGCUUUAACUAUUACACCAACCCAAUGGCUGCGUAUUAUGGGAACAAGCACAGUAGCCAGUUCAACAGGUUUGCAGACCAAUGAAACGUUUCCCUCACCUUUCUUUCAACCCCAUAUAAACCACUCGCCAAAUGCGCAAAUGCAACAACCACAGGGAUCCUAUGCAAGUUCUAAUCAUGCUUAUUCAUCUAACCCACCACAGACUAGCUCUUUAACCUACCCGAGUUGGAGGAUCAAUAGUCCUCACCCUAGAGGUUACUCUGCCCCACAAGGUGUCGGUUUUCCUAGCCCGCAAACCCACUUCGCCAAUGGUUCAGGACAAGGCGGCUACCCUAGUCCUGGCUCUAGUCCCCAUUUCACCAACAACCCAGGUCGUGGUUCAGGACGAGGUUACCCUAGCCCUGGACCCAACUUCAGAAAUAGUCCCCAUUUUGCCAACAGCCCAGGUCAUGGUCCAGGGCACGGCUACCUUAGUCCUGGACCCAACUUCAGGAAUAGCCCCAACCAUGGCUCGGGUCAAGGAGGGUACCCUAGCUCAGGUCCAAGUUCCGGGAGAGGGAGAGGCGGUGGGCCUGGGCAGGGUGGAGGGCAAGGACGGGGCCAUAAUCAUGUAUCUGCAGAAGACUGGCUCGAUCGUUUCUACAAUAAGUCAACGGUGGAAGACCCUUGGAAGUUUCUAGAACCUGUAAUUUGGAAGUCACUCAAAAAGCAGUGGUUUCAACCUGUUAAUGCGAAAAAACCUCGAGUUUCAGAAUCUCCAAGAAUGUCUAGUUCACAACCUAGCCUUGCUGAAAUCUUGGUUGCGUCUUUAAAUGAAGCUACAGACGAUAAACCCAACGCAGAAUGAUAGGGUUCAAGCUGGAUAUCCUUAGGCUUGAUUGUUACUCUUUUAGCAUGAAUCGCCCACAGAUUAGUGUCCAACAAUGUAUGCU